CGUCUAGUCCUCGUGACGUAGUUAACGUGCGCCCGUCAGACGUCUGCGUUUAUGCGACGAACGGAAUGGCGAGCGGUAAAAAGAAUCUCAUCUGGUCUCUAGCGGAUUAUACUGACGAUUCAGAGCCGGACUCCGACCAAGAACAAGAAGAUACAGGGGGGCGAGGAGUAGCCCUUGUUUAUGGCUAUGGAGAGGACGACCUGAACCGCACCGAGGAUGUGGAAGAGAAAGCAUCUGGAAAUGAAGACAGCCAGGAUAGCAACUCGGAUGUGGACGAAUCAGACGAGGGGAGGCACGCAGAUGAUGUGGAGGCAUCAGAAGCUGAGAAGAAGGACCCCAAUGAGCUUGUUGCGCUUUUUUCAGAGAAAGUGAGGAACAUGUCCCCAGAUCAAAUCAGAAUCCCCCCCGAACCUGCCGGACGCUGCUCGAGUCAUCUACAGGAGAAGAUCUUCAAGCUGUACGAGAGGAGAAUCCACGGAGACUUUGACACAAACAGCCACAUUCAGAAAAAAAAGGAGUUUAGAAACCCGAGUAUUUACGAAAAGCUCAUUCAGUUCUGUGGAAUCGAUGAACUGGGGACCAACUACCCCAAAGACAUGUUUGAUCCACACGGCUGGUCAGAAGACUCCUAUUAUGAGGCUCUGGCCAAAGCUCAGAAAGUGGAGAUGGACAAGUUGGAGAAGGCCAAGAAGGAGCGAACUAAGAUCGAGUUCGUCACAGGAACUAAGAAAGGCACCAACGCCUCCAGCACAACCGCCUCCACGACCAGUAGCAGCAGCACCACCACAGCCACCGCAGACGCCCAGAAGAGGAAAAGCAAGUGGGACUCGGCCAUCCCCGUCACCCUGGCUCAGCCCACCCUCAUCACCACUACAGCGACGCUCCCUGCAGUCGUGUCGGUGACCACCACAGCUAGCGGCACAAAGACUACGGUCAUCUCUGCAGUGGGAACCAUCUUAAAGAAAGCAAAGCAGUGAACUAUUGGACUAUAGGAGCAGAGCUUCUGCUGAACAAGGACUAACCCAAAUCAUCACCAAGCCAAAGUCUAGUGGUGACAUCUCUAUAUCUGAUGCACAGUUUGUCAAAAGAUGUUUUUAUAUGAGGGAUACAGCUGAUUAUUUAAUACCACUUAAAGUCCUAAACAGACUGGUUGAAAUAUCUGAAAGUGUUUUUUUUCUCGAUUGUUGUAGUUAAAUGUCGUCAGGCUUUCUCUGUCUGUCUGCAAACAUUUUCUUUUUUGUGACAUAGUGAACGUUUUUCAGGUAUCCUAUAUUUUUUACACUUCUACAUACGCAUUGUUUGUAAGGAAAUAAAUGAGUCGGAUGCAACUUUUUAAU